AUGCUCUUCCAUGCUAACCCAAUAUUUCAAGGUGUAUUUUAUCAAACUGUGGCGUUGUUGAAACGCUACAAUGGUGGUUUUAAUGAGGUUGAUUGUGAUGGUUUGAUUUCCAUCUCCUCUUCUAAAGAAGACGAGGCUGCAAGUUUGGAUGCAAUAGUUUCCCUCGUGAAGAAUGAUGUAGUAACUAUAUCAUCACUGGUUAGGGAGAUGGAGAUGUAUCUGACUACAACGGAUAACAUAAUCCGUGCACGAGGCAUCCUUCUGCUUGGAGAAGCACUUGAAUGUCUUUCAUCAAAGCCACUGGAUGCUGCUACAAUUCAUAUUUUGGUAGCAUUCUUCAAAGAGCGACUGGCAGAUUGGAGAGCUUUACGUGGUGCACUUGUUGGUUGUUUGGCAUUAGUGAGGAGGAAAAGUGGUGGUAUGGUCACUGGCAGUGAUGCCAAAGGAGUUGCCGAGUCUUAUUUGCAAAACUUGCAGGUUCAGUCUUUAGGACAGCAUGACAGGAAGCUUUGCUUUGAACUUAUGGAAUGUCUGCUAGAGCACUAUCCCAGUGCUGUUGCUUCUCUGUGGUUGUUGCUUGGUCGAAUGGGAGAUGAACUUAUUUAUGGAAUUUGUGAAGCUAUUGAUGGAGAGAAGGAUCCUCAAUGCCUAAUGCUAGCAUUUCACAUUGUAGAGCCAAAAGCUGAGGAUGCUGAGGUGAAAAGGGAUGAUCUUUCAAGGGCUUUAAUGGUCAUGCCUUGCCCAGCCUUUGAGGCUCUUCUUGGACAUUUCAAGCUUGCAUUCUCAUCCACACCUCUUUUUGAGCCAUCUGUCAUUCCAUUGCUUCUUGAGAAACUUUCUUCCUCCCUUUCAUCUGCAAAGGUUGAUUCCUUAAAGUACAUUAGCCAUUGCACACCAAAGUAUGGAGCAGAAAGAAUGGCAAAACAUGCUGAAGCUAUUUGGUCUUCACUGAAAGAUGCAAUAUACACUUCAGGACAAUCAUUUGUGUUAUCCUUUACCCCAGAAUCACUAGGUGGUCUAGACUCUGAGGAGAAUGAAAUAGCAGCUGAAGCACUGGCUCUACUGGAAAAGGUUGUUCAACAAAAUAAUGAUUUGUUCUCAAGUAUGAUUGUUGGUGAUGAAGAAAUAAAUAUGGUUUUGAACACUAUCACUGGUUAUCAGAGUUACAAGGACAUUCCCUUGCAAAGCAAGCAGAAACUAUAUUCAGUGGGUCGUAUCCUUUAUGUUUCUGCAAAGGCUUCUGUAGCUUCCUGCAGUAGAGUUUUUCAAAUUUUCUUCCCCCGCUUGAUAGAGAGCAUGGGGCUUCCAGUUGUGAAUGGGUCUGGGACUUGCUCCUUUAAUGACGACUGCAUAAUCUCCAAAAGACCUAAUUAUGGAUCCCUUUAUCUCUGCAUUGAACUUCUUGGAGCAUGCAGAGAUUUGGUCAUCGCAACAGCUAAUCCUGCAUCACAAUGUGUUUCUGCAAAUGAGACAUGGUGCUGCUUGAUUCAGAGCUUUUCUACCUCCUUAAGCAAGAUUUUCAGUUCUAUCCUGACAACAAGGACAGAAGAACCUGCUCAUGAUGCGGAUAUGUAUCUUGGAGUGAAGGGUUUGCAAAUUCUAGCUACAUUCCCUGGAGGCUAUUUACUAGUAUCAAAAUCUACUUGUGAUAGUAUUUUGAUGACCUUCAUAUCUAUUAUCACUAUUGAUUUCAACAAGACAUUGCUGUGGAACCUGUCGGUGAAGGCACUGGUGCAUAUUGGCUUGUUUAUUCAUGGUAGCAAUGAGUCAGAGAAGUCAAUGAGCUAUAUGGAUAUUGUUGUUCAGAAGAUUGUUUCAUCGAUAUCAUCCGAUAAUCACAAUAUGCCAUUUCCACUCCAACUGGAAGCCAUCUCUGCCAUUGGCACCAGUGGGAUGAUAUAUAUGCUGAAAAUUGUUACUGGGUUGCAAGAAGUUAUAUGUGCCAAUCUAGCUGAGAUUUAUGUGCGUAUGUUCAACAAUCUUUUCAACAUAAGAGCUCAAGGAAUGUCCCCAUCGAAUGAACAAGAUGAUAGUUGA